AUGGACAGCUCCUCGGUCGCAUGGCCCCUGAACGGCUCCGGGAGCCAGGAGAAGGCAGCUGGGGAUCAGCUCUCCGGGCGGUUCCCGACCAUGUGGACCAUCGUCUUGGCCGUCCUCAUGGCUGUGUUGAUCGUGGCUACCGUAGUUGGCAAUGCCUUGGUAAUGCUGGCUUUCGUGGCGGACUCUAGCCUGAGGACGCAGAACAACUACUUCCUUCUGAAUCUGGCCAUCUCCGAUUUCCUAGUAGGUGCCUUUUGCAUUCCGUUGUACGUACCCUACGUACUAACUGGGAGAUGGACAUUUGGAAGGAGCUUUUGCAAACUCUGGUUGGUGGUUGAUUAUCUGCUGUGCACCUCUUCGGUCUUCAACAUUGUGCUGAUUAGCUAUGACAGAUUCCUCUCAGUGACAAGAGCGGUGUCAUACAGAGCUCAGCAAGGGAACACCAAUCAAGCUGUGUUCAAGAUGACUAUGGUUUGGGUCUUAGCCUUCCUGCUAUAUGGACCCGCAAUUAUCAGCUGGGAAUACAUAUCCGGUCAAAGCAACAUACCCGAUGGGGAAUGCUAUGCCGAAUUUUUCUACAACUGGUAUUUUCUCAUCACAGCCUCCACGAUUGAGUUUUUCACCCCUUUCAUCAGCGUGAUGUUUUUCAACUUGAGCAUUUACCUGAACAUCCAGAAGCGCACCAGAGCCCGCUUGGAUGUACAGCACGAGACCCAGAACCAGAACUUUGUAGAAGAGAUUGAGAUGAGCCCUGAGGCCAAGCUCUCCAUGAAAUGCUGCAGGUGGGAGCCGAGAGAUCAUGCAGAAACCCUGGAUGUCCCAAAAUGGGAUGCCCAAGAGGAAAAUAUCAAAGAGAGUACAAAUGUCAAAUAUUCACAGGCCGCAAGCACGGAGAGUGCCGGGCCUCCCAAUAGCAAACUGAAACUCUGCAGUAAAAAGAACGACAAACACUCAGCCUCUACUCUUUCUCUGGAGAAACGGAUGAAGGUGGUCUCCCAGAACAUGUCUCAGCGUUUUAGGCUCACCAGGGACAAGAAAGUAGCCAAGUCUCUGGCAGUUAUUGUGGGGAUUUUUGGCCUCUGUUGGGCACCGUACACCCUUCUCAUGAUUAUCCGAGCUGCUUGUCAUGGCCACUGUAUCCCCGAGUACUGGUAUGAGGCCUCCUUCUGGCUUCUGUGGGUCAAUUCUGCCAUCAACCCUAUCCUUUACCCGCUCUGUCACUACAGCUUCCGGAGGGCUUUCGUUAAGCUCUUGUGCCCCAAGAAAUUAAAAAUCCAGCCUCACAAUUCACUCCAGAAAUGCUGGAAGUGA